AUGGUCAAUCGAUGGAACAAGGCUAUCGCUGUUGGGCUCCGGCACAACCACGACAUUUCCUUCAUUGCGACGCAGCGCAAGACCAUGGCCCUUAUGUAUUAUGUCACGAACUACGCGACGAAGGUGGAGGACCCGGUGUGGAAGCGUGUGGCGGCCGCGGCCGAUCUCCUGGCCGCCUCAACGGGUGACGGCACGGCCAACGGAGGACAGGACGACGGUGGAGGUGCUGUCGAGGUCGUCGCUCAUCUUCUUGGAUAUCCGGCCGAGUUCACCAACAGCAGCGCCUGGGCGUACCUGAACACAUCUCUGCUGUACUGGGAAGUCUUUCGACGGUGGCCGUAUCUCCGACGAGCAAGUGGCGCGGCGGCCAUAGAUGAUACUCUGGAUGAGUCGGUGCUCAGGCGGCCGGGCAAGCAUGCUACCGUCUGCCUCGAUGGCUACCUGAGCAAGGACUUCGGCCACAACGACGACGAGGAGUCGUGCCACCGGAGGGCAGCCGUGCAGCAUCUUGCGCUAUUUGUGCCGUGGGAGUCCUUUCUGUGCGAAGAAACAGGUGAGAUCAAUAGCAUCUGGGAGCGGGCGCGAGAGGCGCUGGCCCCGAGAAUAUCAUGUCUCGUCGACAACGUGCAGCUGCUUCGACGAUCAGCCGAAGACGCAAAGCGCGACGCCAAGCAAUGGGCGGCCUCAUCCGGCGAUGGCGAUUCCACGGUCGCCCACGUCGAGGAGGGCGAGACAGGCGAGGCGGGCGCAGAAUUUGCAGCGACGUAUCGGUCCAACAACAUCGGAGACGCAACGCGCCUGAUCGACGUCGUCCGAGGCGCAGUGGGCACGAAUCAGGUGACGGCCAAGUCGCCGGAGCUCAUGGCAAUGAUGCGGCAGCUCUGUCGAUUCCAGCAAUCGGCGCUCUGCUCAACGGCCGAGCUCGAGGCCAUCGCGAUUCCCGAACAAGGGUUGAGGUGCAUAAGCAUGCCAGGGCGGGUAUUUUCCGGGGCCGCACUACCGCCGCAGGAUCAGGUCAAGGCUAUCAAGUCGCAGCAGAUAAGUGCGUCGAGGGAAAGGGAGAGAAUGAUCCAAGGCGGCGAUGCCGGCCAGCUCUGCCAGUUCGUCGGCGGCGAGGGGGGCACCGGCAAGUCGCGGAUCAUUGGGGCACUCGUCGAGCUGUUCAGUGGGAAGAGCCUUUCGAAUCGUCUGCUGAUCACGGCGACGUCAGGGACUGCCGCGGCGCAGAUCAACGGCAUCACGAUCCACUCCGCCUGCGGGUUCACUAAAGACCAAGGGCGGGCGGCGCGAACACAGCCAAGGACCUUGACGGGAAAGAUUUCGGGGAUCCCCAUCGUCCUCUUCUGCGGAGACUUUCAGCAGUUCCGGCCGGUCCAAGAGAGGUCGAUCGUCCUGCCGAGCGCGGCCAUCUCGUGGGACGUAGACAACUCGUUCAAGGCCGAGCAGCGGCACCAGCACGACAAAGCGCACGCGCUGUGGAAGAGAUUCACGACGGUCGUCAUGUUGAACGAGCAAAUGCGCGCCGCCGGUGAUCCGGAAUUGCAGGGGCUGCUGAAGCGGAUCCGGCAGGGUGUGCAGGACCGCACGGAUCUGGACCUCCUCAACUCAAGGUGCUACCGCGAGGGCAGGCGGAUCCCUUGGGAGACUGGCAUCACCGUGGUGACGCCGCUGAACAGGAAUCGGUGGAACCUAAACAUGGAGGCAAGCUUGGCGUUCCGGGUCCAGCAGCGGUCGACGAUGCGCAUCUUCAUCUCCGAGCACAAGUGGAAGGAGGGCCUGCCGACCGAGGAAGAAGCGAUCAUGGUACUCAAUCAAGGCGACGAUAGCGCGAUCCCCGUGCCGGCCGUCUUCAUGUUCGUGGCCGGGAUGCCGGUCGUCGUGAACCACAACACCCAUCAGGGGCUGAAGCUGGUGAACGGCGCCGGCUACUCGGCGGUGGAGGUCAUUGUCGACAAGGCGUCCCCAGGGCAUCGAAUCUCGUCCGACAUGACGAUCCACUUCGGCCGCCGGCGGGGAUAUUACUGGAAUCGGCGACGACAAAGGACCUCCACUUCGUCGGGAUGCCGCCGGGCACGAUCUUGUUAA